AUGGCGCCGAAACUUCAUCGCCUGCGGCCUCAGGCAGUGAAGUUAAUGCUGCUAGUUGCAUUAUGCACUUUGUCAGAUUGCUAUGAUCCCUUGGAUUCAAGCGGAAACAUUACAGUAACUAUUGACAUUUACGGGAGAACGGACGAUGGGUAUCUGGCAAGGGUGACUCUGCAAAACUAUUAUCAAUAUCGUCAUGUAACCAAACCAGGUUGGAAGCUUGGAUGGACAUGGACUAACAAAGAGGUGAUCUGGUCGAUGAAAGGGGCCUUCGCCGUUGAUAGAGGAAACUGCUCAACUUACACAAACCCAAUACCACACUCCUGCAUGGAAAAUCCCACAAUAGUUGAUUUCAGUUCAGAUGUCUCAGAAGAAAGCAGAUUAGAGAAUUGCUGCCAUGGUGGCCUUCUUUCCGCUUGGGCUAUCAAUCCUUCGAAUUCGCUCUCUUCAUUUGAACUCAAAGUAGGUAACCUGGCAAAUGGUUCACUGGGACACGCACCUAGUAGCCUCACGUUAAUGGCCCCAGGUCCUGGUUACACUUGUAGCCCACUUCUUGAUACUGAUCCCACGAUCAUCCCAGAUUUUGGAGGACAACGAAAAGUUCCUGCUUACAGAACGUGGAAGUCAAAAUGUACGUACUCCAGUUUUCUAGCAUACCAAUCACCAGUAUGCUGUGCUUCGCUCUCAACAUUUUACAAUCCUACCAUUACAUCAUGCCCCAGUUGCAGCUGCGGAUGCCCAGAAGCGGCAAAAAGUACAAAGACUUGCAUAAGGCCAGUUGGUUUCUCAUCACAGUCAAAUUAUGACAAUGAUCGCGACAUAAUACAAUGCACUGACCACAUGUGCCCAAUUCGAGUCCAUUGGCAUAUUAAAAACAACUAUAGGGAUCACUGGAGAGUGAAACUUACAAUUUCUAACUACAUCCGCAACAGAAAUUACACAAACUGGAAUCUAUUGGUUCAACAUCCUGGCUUCAGCCAGCCAACAACAACGUAUAGCUUCAACAGCACAGUGCUACCCACCGUUGGCUUUCAAGAUGAGGUGGCACUGUUUUGGGGGAUAGAAUACUACAACGACGUACUGGUGCACUCUGAGGAGGAUGGGUUGGGGUACGUGAGCACAGAGAUACUGUUGAAGAAGGACCUUCACAGCUUCACUCUCACCAACGGCUGGGCUUUCCCCACCAGAGUUUACUUCAACGGUGAAGACUGUCAAAUGCCUUUGCCUGACGCCUUCCCUGCCCUCCCUAAUCCUGCUCCCUUCUCCCAUUUCCCUUCUCUUCUUCUCCCUCCUCCUCACCACGCUUCUCCCCUUGCCUUUUAUCCGUUCAUGAUCACUAUUUGUAUGCUCUUUUCUUCUUUCUAUUUUCUCCAGAACAUCUCUCUCUCCUUCUGUAGUUAG